CGCUUACACAACGACUGUGUGGGAGUGUUUGCUGACUGACGAUGCUCUGCCGGGAGGUGCCUCCAAUUGCCAAGCUUCCAUCUUUUGAGAAAAACAGCUCCUGACUCUUGGCCAAGAGAACAGUACACCUUUCCUCUGGACUCGUAGCCACGACUCAACGACUACUGCUCUGCAGAGAAUGAUUCCCUCCUCCUCAUCGUCGGCAAUGCACAUCUCAUCUGAUGAUGGAGCUUGUCAAGCAGCUGGUGGUCAGACUGACCCUGUUGAGUCAGCUGAGUGGGAGCUACGUUUUUCCAGACAGACAGCAGUGCUUGGCAGAGAAGGGAUGAGAAGGCUCACCAGCACAACAGUUGCUGUAAUAGGUCUCAAGGGCGUUGGCGUGGAGGUGGCCAAGAAUCUUGCGAUGACGGCGGUGAAGUCGAUCCUUCUGAUUGAUGAUGGGGUGAUUGGGCUUUCGGAUUUGGCAUCGCAGUUUCUAUUUCGCAAACAGGAUGUUGGAAAGAAUCGCGCGGUCGUGUGUAUGGAACGUUUGAUGGAGUUUGGGGACGGAGCUGGACCGGUGGUACGUGCGGUACCCGGGCAUCGGAUGGGAGAGGUGCUGUCGGAGUGCCACGUGGCAGUCGCAAGUGGCGGGCAGAGCUUCUCAGGUCUAGUCUCCAUCAAUCAGCUCUGCAGGCAGCAUGGGGUGAAGUUUGUUGCAGCAGAAACGAAAGGCGUGUUCUCCUAUGUGUUCAAUGACAUGGGUGAAGGGUUGGAAGUCCUUGAUCCGACAGGCGAGCCGCCCCCCUCGCAUCUGAUUGCCAGUGUUACGCAAGAUUACCCGGCGACGGUAACCGUCGUCGAGGAGCAAAGGCUUGGGCUGGUCGACGGAGACAUGGUUGUCUUCUCGGGGGUGAAGGGGAUGGAUCAGCUCAACGACAACCAGCCACGGGUCGUCAAGGUAACAGGGUCGCACUCGUUUACCAUCCCCGACGACAGCCGCUCAUAUGGACUCUAUGUGUCUGGGGGACAGGUGCAAAGACUACAGACGCCGAUUCGAAUGGAUUUCCUACCCUUGGAGAAGGCGAUUCUUGAGCCCCAGUUUUCGACUUUCAACGAAGAGUGGCCUGAUCGUGCCUGGCAAGCGCAUAUAGCAUUCAGGGCCCUUGACGAGUACCAACGGCGCCGCGGCGGCGUUUUGGGUCUAUUUCACCCAAAGCAGAAAAUUGACGAUGAUGAUGCCGAUGAGCUGGUGCGGAUCGCGCACGAGAUUUGCAGAAGCGUGUGUGUCAUGGGGAGCAGUAGUUAUCCCGCCGGGGCGGAGGGACACUUCUGUUCGGAUGACGGGGCAGGGGCCGUGGAAGGUGAAGGGGUGUGCAGGGUGGCAGCCCAGAUGGCAGAUGGCGCAGGGUCCAGCAGCAGCAAUGGUGGGUGUUUGCAAGACGAGCAUUCUGACCACGGUAACGGGUUCAAUGGGAGGAUUGCAAUGCAAGUGGAUGAUGGUCAAGGCAUGGGGGUCGUCGCCGAGGAUGAGGAGGAAGCAGCGGCGGAUGGCAGCGGGGGGGCGGAAUGCGAAACAAGAAGUCAAAUGUUGACUGGUUCUGGAGAAGGGAAAGUGGGUGACAUGCAUUCCAUGAAAGUGGGGCAGAGAAUGGCGAAUGAUGGCCUGCUUCGGGCGCUGCUGAGGACAGCGAGGGCGGAGCUGUGCCCCAUGGUGGCUGUUGUUGGUGGCAUCGCAGCGAUGGAGGCGAUAAAGGGCUGUACCGGCGUCUUCACACCGAUCCACCAAUGGCUUUACUUCGACGCAAUGGACUGUCUUCCAGUUGAGGUGUCCGGUCCUGAGGAGACGCAACCUUCGGGAUCGCUGUACGACUCGCAAAUUCUGGUAUUUGGCAAGAGUUUCCAGGAGCAACUGACCAGAAUGAAGUGGCUUGUGGUUGGAGCCGGCGGUAUUGGAUGUGAAGCUUUGAAGAACCUGACAAUGAUGGGCAUUGGGUGUGGGGAGGGAGGUGGCAUUACGGUCACAGACGCGGACUGCGUCCGAAGGCCACACUUGAGCGCCCAGGUUCUGUACAGGACUAAGGACCUACACAGGCCUAAGGCAACUGUGGCGGGAGAGGUCUUGAAGCAAGUCAACCCAUCAGUUCAGAUCGAUGCCCACCAGCAGCGGUUUGAUGCAGAAUCAGAGUCUGUGUUCGAUUCCUUAUUCUUCGAGUCGUUAUCCGGUGUCCUUUCGGCCGUAGGCGACUCGACCUCAAGGCUCUACAUCGACAUGCGCAGUGUCUACUUCAGAAAACCCAUGAUUGAUGGCGGAACGCUGGGGAUGAAGGGGAACGUUCAGGUGUUUGUUCCACAUCAUUCUGAGGUGUAUAAUACGUCAACACGGGACCCUCCAGAGAAAGAGAUACCCAUCUGUACGCUGAAAAAUUUCCCGUAUGCGCCCGAGCACACCGUUCGAUGGGCUGUUGACUUGUUCGAAUCAAUGUUCAAGCAAAGACCAGUUGAUGUCAACGAGUAUUUGUCAAAAAGAGACUUCCUCGAGCAGCUGAAGAAGAUCCCAGCCUCGAGGUUGCCGACUCUUGAAACACUGCGAGAUUCACUCGUGCGGCAUCGGCCCCUCAGUUUUGAUGCCUGCAUCGAGUGGGCAAGGUUGCAGUUUGAAGAAUUGUUUGUGAACAAUAUCAAGCAGCUGUUGUACAACUUCCCACCUGACAUGAUCACCUCGCUCGGCACGCCGUUCUGGAGUGGGACGAAGAGGGUGCCCACGCCAUUGACGUUCGACAGUGCGGACCCGCUGCAUUUGGAGUUCAUCAUUGCCGCAGCAAACCUACAAGGAAAUGUCUAUGGACUCAGAGGGUCAACGGAUCACAGCACAUUCAUUAAGGUAUUGAAGGAUGUGACGGUGCCUCCUUUUGAACGAAGGGAGGGGGUGAAGAUUGCCGUGACGGAUUCCGAAGCACGAGCCCUUGCUGGAAGGGGUGGGUCUGGAGCAGGGAGCAGCUCAAGAAGCAAGAUGUCUUCUGCCUCUGCAGCUGAGCAGUUUGAAGCGGCUGAUGCCUGCGAACGGAUACUGAAGGAGAUGCCCUCGCCGGCAAGCCUUGCAGGUUACAGGCUAACGCCAGUCGACUACGACAAGGACGAUGAGCGCAAUCUGCAUGUCGAGUUCGUUAGCGCUGCUGCAAAUCUGCGCGCUUUGAACUAUGGUAUUCCAACAACUAAUAAACUUCAGGCAAGGCUGGUGGCUGGGAAGAUUCAGCCUUCAAUCAUUACUUCCACGGCUGUGGCGGCCGGCUUGAUGUGCUUGGAAAUCUAUAAGCUAGUCCAGAGAAAAGAUCCAUCCACUUAUCGUAAUACAUCCUUCAACCUUGCCCUUCCGUCCCUUGCACAGGCGCAGCCCACUCCCGCUGUCGUGCAGAAGGUCGAGACCAGGGAUGGCCGAACGCUGGCGUGGACACUUUGGGAUCGCUUCGAGAUGGACGGAAUCAACAUGACACUUGAACAGUUCCUCAAGGAAUUCAGUCGGCAACAUGGCCUCGAGAUAACUAUGCUCUCAUUUGGUAAGAGUCUGCUUUACGCGGAGUUCUUGCCGAAGAAGCGGAUGUCUGAGCGCUUGCCGAUGACGAUGCAGGAGCUUGUGAGCGUCAUUGGCAAGGCUGUGGUUCCAAGUAAUGAGAAGUGGUUGACCUUCUCGAUCUCGUGCACGGACGUACAUGGCAACGACGUUGAAGUCCCAGAUUUGUCACUCCGCAUUCGCUGAUCGGCCGCAGUGAGUGUUGGAAGUCUUUUGUCGACGAAUCCGGGUGCUUGCGCUGUUUCCUGAUCGUGCAGCAUUUCAGCAGAUAGCCAGGGCGUGCCACUUAUGCAGAACUGUUUGGACGAUUUACCGCAGACGUGACCCAAAAAAGUCACUGCCAUAGAGUGACCGCCAACAGGCGAAGUGGCACUGACACCCGGUUCAUGUAUGUUGCGAGAUGGGCCGAUGUGACGUUCUGGCAAUUUUGCCAUAUGCCUUGUGUGUCCGAUCAUAGAGACCUUGCUUGUGCUCGUUGCGAGAUUUUUUCACGUGCACAUGGCGUAUCGCUGCAACCUGGUCCAUGCCUGCUCCAAUCUGCUCCAUGCUUUUCAGGUGAAUCUUGCCCAUUUGCAAAUGGAUCACGUCCGCAGCUUGGACCUACAGGAGUUCUCAUUGUGAAGUGAAAGACAAAAUCCUUCAAAGGAAGACUUCAGAGCUAUCAGAUUGGGGAUGGGCAUUUUCUCAGAUGGACAGAGAUGGCAACUUGUCAGCUGAACUACUACUCAAAACAAACGAUGGACGCUUCUUUGUUCCGCGGCCUUUAGAGGCAGAGAGACCCGGCAGGCACCAUGCGGGUCUGUAGUGGAGCCCAUGCAGGCUGUAGCAGAUUCCCUCUGGAUCACACUCUAACAUCCUCAUUGUCAGAUGAACCAGAAUCUCAGAUGGGCCAGGUUAUCAGAUGGGCGGGCCAGGUUUCUCAGAUGGACCAGGUUCUUGAUUGGGCUGUGCGGUGUUCUCAGGUCAGGUGCACCAGGUUCUGAGGUGCACCAGGUUCGCAGAUGGAGCAGGUUCUCGGUUGGGGUGUGCUGUGUUCUCCGGUGCAACGGGCUCUCCAAUUGACCAGGUUCUGAAAUGGAUCAGGUUCUCAGAUGGGUGGGCCAGGUUUCUCAGAUGGACCAGGUUCUCGAUUGGGCUGUGCGGUGGAGCAGGUUCUCAGAUGGACCAGGUUCUCGAUUGGGCUGUGCGGUGGAGCAGGUUCUCAGAUGGACCAGGUUCUCGAUUGGGGUGUGCUGCAACGGGCUCUCCGAUGGACCGACCAGGUUCUCAAAUGGAUCAGUUCCUUGACUGGAUUGCACAGUGUUUUCAGAUGCAAACCCACCUCUCAGAUGGACCAGGUUCUUGAUUGGGCUGUGGUGUGUUCUCAGGUGCGACAGGCUCUCAAAUGGACCAGGUUCUCAGAUAGAUCAGGUUCUCAGAUGGACCAGGUCCUUGAUCGGGCUGUGCUGUGCUCUCAUGUGCAGCAGAUUCUCAAACGGACCAGGUUCUCAAUUGGGCUGUGCUGUGUUCUCAGGUGCAACCAAGUUCUCAGCUGGACCAGGUUUUCCAGGUGGACCAGGUUCUCAGAUGGACCAGGUUCUCAGAUGAACCAGGUUCUCAGAUGGACCAGGUUCUCAGAUGAACCAGCUUCUCAGAUGGACCGGGUUCUCAGAUGAACCAGGUCGUUGAUCGGGCUGUGCUGUGCUCUCAUGUGCAGCAGAUUCUCAAACGGACCAGGUUCUCAAUUGGGCUGUGCUGUGCUCUCAGCUGGACCAGGUUCUCCAGGUGGACCAGGUUCUCAGGUGGACGGGGCUCUUGGAUCAUUCCGAUGAAAUAGGUUCUGACAGAAGGGAAGGGAGCUCUGACAUCGACCAGGUUCGUUGAAGGAUCAAGUUCUUUGAUGGAGCAACCUGUGAGAUGAACCAGGUUUCGAGAUCGUUACGCGGUUGGCGCCACCUGGUCCAUUCGAGCUCAAGGCUAACGACGGGGUCGUAGGAGAAGUCGUCGAUAGCAUCUCUACAUUUAUGUUGCGGCUCUCAAGAGCAGGAAUUGCUUGCUAGUGAGAGCGAUCUGGCCAUGCAGCCUUUUGCGGAGACUCCGAGUUUGCGGUCCAGCUGAUGGAAGAUGAUGACUUGUGUCCUGUUUCUUAGAGUGUGCGGUACAGAAGAUGCAAGACGAGAACAUGCGUGCCACUGCUUAGGCCUUGAGAGAGACGGGCUUGUUGUUGAAGAUGAUGCGUGUCCUGUUUCUAAGACGUAGCCGUUGGGAUAAUGGUUAUUGAAAGCAUGCACCUGGUCAGCUUUUAUACAAUCUGCCGCAGUGACGAGCAUCGAGGAGGAGGAGGGGGUGGUCGUCGAUGUUGAGCUACAGGUAUCAGAUACAGAGAAAAUGGAAACAGAACGUAAAGUAGGUACGAUGUCCCGGAGCUCUUUCUCAAAUGUGGCUGCGGCCUUGGGCACUUUGCAGGGACACCUCGGCUUUCACUCGUCAGCUUGGAGUCAAAACUCGCUUUCACGGGCUUGGCGUCGAAGUUGCUUCGACAAGCUAGGCGUCAAAGUCGGUUUCACUGGUCUCCAUGGCUUUUAAUUUCAUCAAGGGGACAUGGCAGCUAGCAGCGCCUCCUCGUAAUAUGUCUCAAACGUUCAAAAUCUCGUCCGCCCUGUGCUUAUCAUCUAUAUAUAUGUCUAUCUAUAUCUCCGAGGGCCACAGUGAAGCAUACCCCCUUCUUCUGUCAGCAAUUUCAUGUGAAAGUCGUCGUCGUCGCCAACUCGCCGAUUUGCUGCUGCAUCCUCCCGUUCCUAAUCCUGCGGUGCUCAACUGGCGGUGCAGAUCAGUUAGCUCUUUGCCUGUCUUGCUGGCCAACUAGAUCUGUCUGAAAGCAUUUCUUCAGGAAUACCGGGUAGUGGCACUGAUACUGGAGUGCUGGAGUCGGGAGCGCUGAUGACAGGGUGUAGGGGCAUGGCAUGCCGAUGAUGAUAGUGAUUAUGAAUGAGGCAAGGGCAAUUGUGAAAAGAGGUGCAAAAAUAGGCUGAAUGGUACACGGUUGUGAAACUUAUGAUAAAAUGCAACAAGGUCAAGUCUCGUAAAAGGUGGUUUUGGCGCCGAGCAUCAAGGAGGAGGAGGAGGUGGAGGUGGAGGUGGAGGUGGUUGACGUUUGUAUGUGUGUGUGGGUAGCGGUGUGUGUGCGUGUGUGUGUGUGUGUCUGUGUAGCGGUGUGUGUGUGUGUGUGUGUGUGUGUGUGUGUGUGUGUGUGUGUGUGUGUGUGUGNGUGUGUGUGUGUGUGUGUGUGUGUGUGUGUGUGUGUGUGUGUGUGUGUGUGUGUGAGAGAGAGAGAGAGAGAGAGAGAGAGAGAGAGAGAGAUGCUGACAGCGAUAAUUAUGGUGCGUCAUGAGGGAAGCCACAGAGCAAAAGUAAACGAUUCUUUAUCAG